AUGCGCACUCUGUUCUAUUUCAUCAUGGGCUUGCUGAAUCUGAUCAUCGAUACGAUCAUCAUCGCACUUCCGAUGCCGUAUCUGACCCGCUUGCGGACGUCAUGGCGCAAGAAGAUCGUUGCAAUCAUCCUACUAGGGAUGGGUAUAGUGUACGUAUACCAGACAGACUUCCAUCGCCUGCAAUAUGCUUACACGAACCCUAGGACCUGGGCCAUUACCAUCUAUCGCCAGAAGUGCUUGUGGGGUCUGAAUUGGCGAAAGGUCAAUCGAUAUUCGGACAUGGCCAUCGCCAUGUUCCUGGGUGGUCUCGAGUGCGCAGUCAUGAUCGUUGUGGCUUGCAUACCGCUCAUGCGUCCUCUCUUUUCGAGAAGCAAGGCUCGCAGCCCGCCGAACCAUAGCGACAACCUCAACGAAGGGGCGCAGCUAGAGAAGGGAAACAAGAAGGCGCCAGCUAAGCUUCCUCGAUUGCUCGACCCGCCGUCCUGGUUCGACAAUGAGGACGAUGUCGAUGCGCAGGUCGAACUACAGGCAAAGAAGGAUGGGCAGAUGACGGAUGCAGAGUCUUCUAGUUCCUCUGACAUCUCACGCGCCCCAGGCGCCCCGGAAGAUACUGUCGUAGAUAGGAAGACAUGGGCAGCGCCAGUAUGCUGGGAUGCACCUGAGGAAUGUCGUAAGCAGGGUCCGCACGAGCCACCCAUCGUGCAUGCAGAUGCGCUUUGA